UGUGUAGAACACUUUGAUUUAAUGGUCUAUUCUAUGACAAUGAGAGAUUGUGAUAGCUUUCUCUACAGCUAUCUAGAGGCAGCCACACAGCAGCAGUAUUAUUAUGAAUAUGACCCAGAUUCCCCGGAGAUGACAAUGGGGGCUCUGGGCCCUAUGCCGUCAGCAGGGAGUACCUCCCCCACCCAAGGCAUGAGCCAGUACUGUGCCAUCUGCGGUGAUCGGGCCACCGGCAAACACUACGGAGCUUCCAGCUGUGACGGAUGUAAAGGAUUCUUCAGGCGGAGCGUGAGGAAGAACCACGUCUACUCCUGUCGCUUCAGCAGGAACUGCGUCGUGGACAAAGACAAGAGAAAUCAGUGUCGAUACUGUCGUCUCAGAAAGUGCUUCCGGGCAGGAAUGAAGAAAGAAGCUGUUCAGAAUGAGCGAGAUAGAAUCAGUGUGAGGAGAACCAGUUAUGAGGACGUGAACCAGACAAACUCCCUCUCCGUCAGUACACUGUUAAAUGCAGAAAUUCUUUCCAGACAGAUCACCCCUUCACCUAUGAACGUAGACCUGUCCCAGAAGUUGGUAGCCACAGCUAAUGAUGUUUGUGAGUCGAUGAAACAGCAGCUGCUCAUUCUGGUAGAGUGGGCCAAAUACAUUCCCUGCUUCUGUGAGCUGGCCCUGGAUGAUCAGGUUGCACUGCUGAGAGCACAUGCUGGUGAGCAUUUGAUUAUGGGUGUGGCCAGACGAUCUUUAGGGGUCAAGGAUGUUUUGUUGCUAGGCAAUGAUGCCAUCAUUCCCAGAAAUACCCCAGAAGUAGAAAUAGGUCGUGUUGCCAGCAGAAUCCUGGAUUCUUUCCAACCAAUUCCAAAUGGGAUUUUUUGCUUAAAAGCCAUUGUUUUCUUUGAUCCAGAUGCCAAAGGACUGAGUGAUCCCCAGAAAAUCAAAAGCUUCCGCUACCAGGUUCAGGUGAAUCUGGAGGACUACAUCAACGACCGUCAGUAUGACACCAGGGGGCGCUUUGGGGAGAUCCUCCUGAUGUUGCCUCCUCUACAGAGUAUUACCUGGCAGAUGAUAGAACAGGUGCAGUUUGCCAAACUGUUUGGAAUGGCAAGGAUUGACAAUCUUCUGCAGGAAAUGUUACUGGGAGGAGCAGCUCCUGAGAAUGGAAGCACAGGAUCAACCACCCCCACCACACUACAGCCAUCUCUGAUGGUCAACAAUUUCAGCGACCAGAUCUCCAAUAGUGCAGACGUACUCUCCAUUGCCACGGCCACCAUCCCUUCCCCCCAUACCUGCAUUUCCCCCAACAACAGCCAGGGUUCUCCCAUGGGGAGCCCCUUAAAUUUAGGAAUGCACCACAGCAUACAAACGCCAACCCCACCCCUGUCCACUGCUGACCAUCUCCUGACGGCAUCCGCAAUGACGUCAAAUAUCGACCACCUGGCCAUACAACACCACAACGAAUCACCAAUCUCAUCCCCUCCACUGUCUACGGAAUCCUACACUAAAGUCAAUGGGUCGUCUUAUUCAUUCAAACAAGAAGUGUCUUCAUAAUACAGACUGGCUUUGUGAGUCAUAUAUUAAAUAUAUGUUUGUGUGAAGUCAUUUGUUUUUUAACUAGGAUGGUUAAAAACAGUUAUACUUUGUACAUCUUCAUUUUAUAACCAGAUAUAUUCCAGUGUGAAUAAGCUUAAAUUGACCAAUAUUUCUUAUAAGUAUGUUUGUUUGAGUCAUUUUGGUGGCCAUCAUUUUGAAAAAAAAAAAUGUUAUGCAGAUUUAGCUGUAUAUGUUUUUCAAAGACAUCUAGUCAUGUUAAAUUUAUUCAGGAGAUGUUUUUAAUAUUUGAUAUUUAAAUCUGGUUUCUGUUUUGUUUUGAUCUCAUUUCAAAUUUUGGAAGUCAUUUACAGCAUACAUGUAGGCACUUGUUCACGGCUGUAAAAAAGUGUUAUUUCCUUUCAGAGUGCUUUGCUAGAUUAAAUUUUUUAAGAGGAAGGAUUGAUAAUAAAAUAUUUGCAUGAAGAUUUUACUUACUUUAAGUCAGAUGGGCUUUGACAUCAUGAAUUGUAGCAAAGCCUUAUUUUAACUGAAUCUCUGUGUAGAUAUAUACUUUUUGUAAAUAUGAGAAGUGAUAUCUAAUCCGCACAAGAUGUAUUAACACCAUAUUUAUUUGUAAGGUAUUUUAAUACUUAUGUUGAUUUGUUUAUGUGUUUUAUUUGUAGUACAUGUUAUUGAAUUCAUUUAACAAAACCAUUGGUACAUUAUGUACAGUGCAGAGACAAAUAUAAAUUUUUUCUCUUAUGAAAAGCAUACCACCCUUUUCAACCACCCUUCUUAAAAAGAGCUUUAGGGACUUAAAUAUUGAAACACUUGUGAUAAUUGUUGUGAUUUUUUUGCUUUCACAAUCAUCCAGGAUAUUGAUACUGUGAGACAGCAACCAAUAUGUUAACAUUUACAGCCACAAAUUCAUUACAGCAACCAGCACUCACAUUUACAGCAAACAACUCACUCACAUUUACGACAACCUUACUGACACAUUCACAUCUACAGCCAAUCAAUGCAUUCACAUUUACAACUACAAUAAUUUUCACAUUUACAGCCAAGUAUCACAUUCACAUUUACAGCAAUUGUCACUCACAUUUACAGGUACCAUUCACAUUUACAGCAACCAACACAUUUACAUCCAAUCAAAACAUUCACAUUUACAGCAACCAACACAUUUACAUCCAAUCAAAACAUUCACAUUUACAGCAACCUUACAUCAACCAAUCCAUUCACAUUUAUAUGCCUUCAUAAAUUUAAAAUGAUGCUAUACAUGUUGAGCUAGUGUAUACAUUAUACACUCUAAUUCCACUGAUAGUCACUAACAUAGUAGAUUGAGUGAUUUAGUGCCAGUUUCAAUGCAUUUUUGUAGAAUUUGAAAUCACCCAAUAUUUAUAAACAUUAACCUGAAUUUUGCAAAUUGAAAAGCUUGGUAGAUACUGUUAAAAGUGAAACACAGUUUGUUAGAAAUAACCAUUCUAUUGGUAUAUGUUAUAGAUUUGUACAUAGUUUUGUGAUUACCUGUGAUUUUAAGCUUGGCAGGAAUUUUAUUCAAUGCAAGGACCAAGUGCCAUGAACAAUGCAAAAAUUGUGUAUAUAAUUAUAGACAUUCUAGAAAUAUCCAAUCAUUGAUUAUUGUGCUGUUAUCUGAUGCAAAUUUCUAUAUUUUUAUAUAACAUUGUAUUUUUGACUGAUGGAUCAAAUGCUGUUUUUAUGAAAUAAUUAAAGCUUAAACUGAAAUCCUGUUAUUGUAGUAAAAUCUUAAAAUCCAAAAAUUUGAAGCUUCAGAGUGGGAAGAAUUUGAGUACUAGUUUUUGAGAAGGAUUCAGUUUACACAAAAGAAACCCAAGGGGUAAACAAGGAAAUGCUUCCAAAGUGCAGAUUGAUGCAACUGGUUUGCAGUGCUAGGGCAUUUCUAUUGAAUGAUUAUAAUAAAAGUUUCAGUGUUCUGAAAAACAAAUGAGCUUAGGUUUCUCGGGUGUGCAUUGUGGCCUAUGAGUGUUUUGUUGAUUCCCCCAUCAGAUAGGUGCACAAUUUUAUUGAAAACCCCAAAAGAAAAUUUUUAACAGUCUAGCAGAUCCCAAAUAUUUAGGAUGAUCUAAAAUUUGUUUUAGACUUGUAUUCUUACCUUACAGAAUUUACAAAGUAACCUUAUACUGUGAAAUCACAAAUUUUCGAGGGGGUUUAAUUUUCGUUGUUUUCGAGGUAUGAAUAGACCCACGAAUUCAUGUCCACCACGAAAUGUAAAAUGUUACAUUCAUAACUACUAAGCAAUUCUUCAUCCACGAAUUCAAAUCCCCACAAACCAAGAGUUUUUCCUCAAACCACGAAAAUUUGAUCCUACAAAAAUAUGUGAUUUUACAGUAAUUGUAUGGCAGUGUUUAUAAGAACAGAAGAAAUCAGUCAUACACUUGUAAGUAUGUGUAUAAAAAUACACAAGAAAUAAACAGCAAAUAUG